UGAGAAGCAAAGGCCAAUUCUUCUUAAAAUCCACAUAUGCUUGCAGCACAAAUAACACUUGUGCAAGACAGCAAAGGAAAGCGUCACAAUCACCUUAACCACUCUCAUCAUCGCAAAGAUGUCUACAGACAAAAGUGAUUCCACAUUCGAUGCGAUCACUAGCAAACUUGCCAGUCUAACUAAUGACGACAAAAGCAAAAAGACCGAUGAUACAGCAAAACCAAAUGGAGAUGCAGCAAAAUCCCCACCUGCUGCUGAGUCGUCCAAAGCAAAAGCAGGAGAAGAAGAAUCAAAUCUACGAGAAUCCAAUUAUGAUGUCACAGUCACAUUGGCAGAUCAACAAGCUGAUCCAAAUUCACCAUUGUACAGUGUAAAGACAUUUGAAGAAUUGAACUUGCAUGAAGAUCUUUUGAAAGGAAUCUAUGGUAUGAAAUAUCAAAAGCCUUCUAAAAUUCAAGAGCGUGCAUUGCCUUUGUUGCUACAAAACCCACCAAGAAACAUGAUCGGACAGUCACAAUCUGGUACAGGUAAAACAGCAGCAUUCGUUCUCACUAUGCUUUCAAGAGUUGACUUUUCAAUCGAUAAACCACAAGCAAUCGCUUUGGCACCUUCAAGAGAAUUGGCAAGACAGAUCAUGGACGUCGUUCGAUUGAUGGGCAAACAUACAAAAGUGAAACUUUGUGAAGCAAUUCCAGGAGCUGUACAGAGAGGUGAAAAGGUUUCGGCACAUGUAGUCGUUGGAACACCAGGAAAGAUGUUUGACCUGAUCAAAGCGCGUGCAAUUGAUACCAGUAACGUGAAGGUGUUCGUCUUGGAUGAAGCAGACAACAUGUUGGAUCAACAGAGUUUGGGAGAACAAAGUAUCCGAGUAAAGAACACCAUGCCAAAGACAUGUCAAUUGGUUCUGUUCUCUGCUACUUUCCCCGAUAAUGUUCGUGACUUUGCCGGUCGUCUUGCACCGAGUGCUAACGAAAUCCGACUUAAGCAAGAGGAAUUGAGUGUUGAUGCGAUCAAACAACUUUACAUGGACUGCAAAUCAGAAGAACACAAGUACGAGGUAUUGGUGGACCUAUACAGUCUUUUGACGAUCGGACAAAGUAUUAUCUUUUGUGCAAAACGUGAGACUGCAGAUCGAAUUGCCAAGAAGAUGACAGAUGACGGACACAAGGUGGAUUCAUUGCAUGGUAAGCUCGAGCUAGCAGAUCGUGAUGCAACAAUUGAUGCAUUCAGAAGUGGAAAAUCAAAAGUUCUCAUUUCUACCAAUGUAAUUGCUCGUGGUAUUGAUAUCAUGCAAGUCACUUUGGUGAUUAAUUACGAUAUGCCAGUCACCGCUGAUGGAAAAGCAGAUGCAGAAACAUACUUGCACAGAAUUGGAAGAACGGGUCGUUUUGGACGUAAAGGUGUUUCGAUCAAUUUUGUUCAUGAUAAAUCAUCAUGGCAACUGAUGCACGAUAUCGAGACUGCAUUGAAAUGUGACAUCACACGUGUUCAAACGGAGGAUGCAGAAGAGAUGGAAAAGACGAUCAAAGAUGCUCUUAAAAGUUAAUUGUGAUCAGCAGUACCGUCCUUAAAUGUACAUGAAAUGAUAUACCGAUUCCAACCUG